AUGAUUGUAGUAACGACAAGAGAAGUUACAAAAAGCUCAAUGGAUCCACAACAGGUGGAGAAUCUACUAGAUAAACUGGCACCCACGUCCGCACUGGGACCAGUAAUAAACCAGAAAGAACCAAAAACUGUACUCGAUGAUACUGUUAUCGAUGAAGGCACAAAAAACAUGUUUGUUAAUGGGUUCCAAGAUGAAUCCAAAUAUGCCCAUAUGACAGCGGAAAAGUUAUCUACAAGGUUUCUACAAGGUUUACAGCUCUUUGACACAGAUUCUACAUGUAAUGUGAACCACUUAGCCCAUUGGAAGCCAUCAUCCUUUAAAAUGGGUAAUUCCAUUGAUAAUGCAUUAGAUGACAAUCCCGACACAUACUGGCAAAGCGAUGGUGUACAACCACAUCAGCUCGAUAUCACUUUCAGCAAAAGAAUUGAUGUGAUUCUCAUAGCGUUUUACUUCUCAUUGAUAGCUGAUGAAUCCUACACACCUCGACUUAUUAAGAUUUACGUCGGCCACAGUCCUUCAGAUGCUCUUUUCUACAAGACUCUUGAAGUCCGUAACGUUAACGGGUGGGUAGCACUUACGUUUGAGGACAACCGUUCGUCAGACAAUUUACUGAAAUGCCAGUUCAUCAGAAUUGUAUUCCCGGUCAACCAUGAGAACGGUAAGGAUACCCAUCUAAGAGGCAUUAGGAUUUUUGCACCAUCCAAAAAAACGUCUGUGGAGAAUUCAGAAUGGAUGCAAUCUCUGGCAAGCAGUAACCAGUUGGUGACGCAGUGCUCAUUGAGGUGA